AUCAAGAACUCAACGCCGCCUGUUCUCCUGUUCUCUCGUUCCGACCUCACGAAGCCUUUCGGCACAGCGGAGCGGCAGCGAGAAGGAGAGUGUUCAGAGUCGGGAGGAGGAGAAGGAUGGGGGGCGGGAUGGAGGUGAACAAGAACCGGUGGAUCGAGGCGUGGAACGCCGGGAGAGAAAACCUGGAGUUCAACUUCCGCUGGACACGCCGCAACCUCGCCAUCGUCGGCAUCUUCGGCGUCGCCGUCCCCAUCCUCAUCUACAAGGGCAUCGUCAACGAAUUCCACAUGCAAGAUGAGGAUGCUGGAAGGCCGCUGAGGAAAUUCCUCUGAGGAAUAUGAAAAUGGGUGCUGCUUUCUUCUUUGUCUAAUAAUGUCAAAUAUCGUGUUGUUGACGACUUGGCUUUUCGGAAUGGUUAGAUAAGCGUGAUAGCCUAUUGGUACUAUAUUUUCUUGUACCUUUUAUUCAAGUACUGUUGAUGAUGAUGGUAUGUUUUCAGAUCGGAUCAGUUUUUCUCUUUU